CCGAGCCCGGGGCGCGCUGGCCACGGCAGUUGCAGAGCAAGAACUGGUAGACCUGGAGAAGUGGAAGCAGCAGAACAGAGCAAGACCCAUUCGUCUGGUGCCCAGGCGGCUGGGUGGAAGCCAAUCCGAGGCUGAAGUCAGGCAGAAACAACAACUCCAAGUGAUGGGAUAUAAAUACCAGCAAAAGCUAAAGAGAGAUGAAUCUGCACAAAUCAGGAAGGAGCCUGAAGAAGCUGAGCGCCAAACAACGAAGGCCAUUCAGAGAGAGGAGAGCAAUAAACUAGAGGAGAAAAAGCGACUUCAAGACAAGCUCAGAAGAGAAGCCUUUAGAGAGCACAGUCAGCACAAAACUGCUGAUUUCUUGAGAAGAUCAGACAGAGAGCUGCCAAGCAUAAGUUCCUGUCGCAUUGCACCUCAUGAUGCCCAGUUCUCAACCCAGAAUAAAUUACUGGAACCUAAGCGACAGCAACAAGAGGAAGAAAGAGCCAAAAUCCAUCAAGCUGAGCACAGGAGGGUAAAUAAUGCUUUUCUGGCCCGACUCCAAGGCAGAAGUCAACCAGGUGGCCUCGAGCAGUCUGGAGGCUGUUGGAAUAUGAAUAGUACCAACAGCUGGGGUAUCUGAGAAAUACCUGCUUUUACCUGGCCUUUGUCAACUGACCUUGAAAAACCUCAGGAGAUGCUUUUCCUUCGUGCAUUUUGAUGAGCCUCACCCUUAGUACCUUAACCUCAACUGCCAACCCCAUUCAACUUAGCAGUUAGGGAUGGUCAGAAUUUCUUUGACAUUGCUUAUACGUGUUUGCAGGAUUUGAUUAUAGCCUCAUGUUUAAUCUCAACCGCCAGCUAUAUGUUACCUUCUUUUUCUGAUUGCUUUUGUCUUUCAUCCAGAGAAUAAUUCCAGCAAUGUAUGGUUGGUGAAAUCUGGGGUGCUAUCAGAUAAUCCUCACAUCAGGUUAAGAGAAGCUUUAGGGUCCUUUUUUUUAAAAAAAAUUUUAAUACCUACUUUCUUAAUCUAGGGUGUAAAUGUGACCAAAACAAAAA